GGCAUCACGCUGCUGGCCCCCUCAGCUGUCAGACUUUGGCCACCCUAAAAAGUGCAGCUUUUUUUUGUUUUUUUGUUUUGUUUUUUUUGUUAGCAAACUUACUCGAAGUGUGGAGCCCGCGCUGCCUUCAAUCCGAACCGUGCAUCUGGUUGCCAAUCGCCCGGUGAGCGCUCGCCUUAGCAGCCGGAGGCGUUCGGAGCGCGCGGAGACGAGACAUUUUAUUUGAUUUUUUUGCUUUCAUCGCUGCUGCUAGUUUUUUCUUUUUUUUUCUUCCCCUGCACGAGCAGCCUGCGAUCCUGAGCGGGCGUACGGGUUCGAUGCGGGGAGGGAGGGAGUAGAAAAAGGCAAAAAGUCUUUGUGCUUCCCUUCCCCCUCAUCAAAGCAAAGGGGAAAUGUCUCUGUCCAAAGGAGGGAAGAAGAAGAACCCCGGGCUGAAACUGGCCAAAGAAGUCUUCGCGCAGCCCCCACCAGCAGUAGCAGCGCCCCCUCGAGAUCUCGACUCUAAGGCGUGCGUCACAAUCGGAGACCAGAACUUUGUGGUGAAGGCGGAUGACUUGGAGCAGAUUGCCGAGCUGGGCAGGGGAGCGUACGGCGUCGUGUACAAGAUGAGACACGUGCCCAGCGGCGUGAUCAUGGCUGUCAAGAGGAUUCGAGCCACCGUCAACACGCUGGAGCAGAAGAGGCUCCUGAUGGACCUGGACAUCUCCAUGCGGACGGUGGACUGCUUCUUCACCGUCACCUUCUACGGCGCCCUCUUCAGAGAGGGCGACGUUUGGAUCUGCAUGGAGCUGAUGGACACUUCGUUGGAUAAGUUCUACAAGAAGGUCAUUGAGAAGGGCAAGACCAUACCCGAGGACAUCCUGGGCAAGAUCACCGUAGCUAUUGUCAAAGCGUUAGAGCACCUGCACAGCAACCUGUCAGUCAUCCACAGAGAUGUGAAGCCCUCCAAUGUUCUCAUCAACACUAAGGGCCAAGUGAAAAUGUGCGACUUCGGCAUCAGCGGCCACCUGGUGGACUCGGUGGCCAAGACCAUGGACGCCGGCUGCAAGCCCUACAUGGCGCCCGAGCGCAUUAACCCGGACCUCAACCAGAAAGGCUACAGUGUCAAGUCGGACAUAUGGAGUCUCGGUAUCACAAUGAUCGAGUUGGCCAUCCUGAAGUUCCCCUACGACUCCUGGGGCACGCCCUUCCAGCAGCUCAAGCAGGUGGUGGACGAGCCGUCUCCCCAGCUGCCCGCCGACCGCUUCUCGCCAGACUUCGUAGACUUCAUCUCCCAGUGUUUAAGAAAGAAGCCCAAUGAGAGACCAGCUUAUACAGAAUUAAUGAAACAUCCGUUCUUCACCGUGCAUGACUCCAAAGAGACGGACGUGGCCACGUUCGUCGAGGUCAUCCUGGACGACUGAUGGCCGGGGGGGG